GGCGGCUCUCGAUUCUCCCCUGGGAGAGAGCCGCGCCUGCAAAGUUGCGCUGCAACCCAUAAAUAGCGGAGGGGGAGCGGUCUUGGGCUUACAGGCACUGCAGCCCCCCACUCCACUGCAUCCCCUACUCAGUGAGCGUACCAGGGUCAUGCAGUGAGGAGUCCCAGCUGUGACCAUCCGUUCCCCAGAGCAGCCUGCGGACAGCUCCCUGCCCCACUGCCAGCCAGGACUGAACCCGCGCAGUGAAGAACAGAGCAGCGCACCCCAACUCAAGAUGCAGAGGUGGACUAGUCUCCUGUUUCUCUCUUUGAUCUUUUGCGCCACCCUCUCAGAGACAUUUGGACUCGUUUUAUCAGCAAAAGAAAAGAGGGGCUGGACUUUGAAUAGUGCUGGUUACCUACUUGGGCCACGUCGUAUUGAUCAGCUUUUACUGAUAAAGGAAAUGCCCAUUGCAAGGGGGAGAGAAGAGGCACCUGGGGAAUAUGCAGUAGAUAAUCACAGAUCUUUUAUUGACAAACAUGGCCUAGCUGGUAAACGUGAGAUACAGCCUGAAGAGGAUAUAAAAAUAGGUAAUCUUGGGAGACCAGUGGUUGACGACAAUGUUGUACGCACAGUAAUUGAAUUUUUGACUUACUUGCAUCUUAAAGAGGCUGGGGCACUAGAUAAUCUACUUUCAUCAGAAGAAACAAAUCAGUCCUGAAAAAUAAUGUAUUUAUACUUCAUUGUAUUGUAAAUGAAGACUAAACUCUAAACAGAGCUUUAAAUGAACAGAAGAUGGUGAUUAUUGUUUACAUUACUCUUAUACAGAGUUACACAUGGUAAACUACUUUCUGACCUUUUUCGUUUUGUUUUUUUCUGUGAUGUUACAAUGUAAGAUUUUUGCCUUGAUUAAAAAAAAAUUUCUUUAAGGGGUAAAAUAAAAAAAGAGCAGCUGUA